ACAAUCCUUACAAACACCUGGCGCUCAUCAGCGCUGGCAUCAGCAACGCAGUUAUGACCGACCAACGCUCUGCCCUGGAUUAUCAGAAUUCGCCUUUCUUGCAAGACGUGGGGAUCACUGUAUCUCCCGACCCUAUUUUAGUCACUGGACGUGUCCUCCCCAUGCCGAACAUCCAUUACAGCAAUGCUGCCACUAGUAGACCGGUGCAACCGCAAAAUGGAUCUUGGAAUGUUAUCAAUCAGAUCUUCCAUGAGCCGAAUAUGGACAUCACUCGAGGAUCACACUAUUCAGAUGUCAAGUUUCAUGUACAUUUUGAUGCCACCGUCACCAUCCUGUCAGUUCACCACAUUCUCGAGUUGAAAUUAUGA